GUACUGCCGGUCGGUCAGAGUUCGGCCUCAAUAUGGCGGUUCCGGUCAGGCAGUGACCAAGGAUUUGCAGUCCGAAAGGCUAAGUGGCGAUUGUCGCCGUCUCCACCUAUCAGGGUGGAAUGCGAGGACGCGGGGGCGAGCGCUGAGGAGCGGCGGUGACAGGGAGGGGGUCUGUGCUGUGUGCCCUGGGAGCUGAGGCGGCGGCGUCUGUUCCUUCUACUCGUCUCUGGGCUUCAGUGCGGAGCCCCGCCCGGCCGGGCUAGGCCGGCGGGCGGCGGCGGUAGCUGCUGUAGCCGCAGAAUCAACUCUGAGGGUGGGUCGGAGGGCGGGCGCCGCCGCUGCUUCUGCCGCGGCGAUGGCCCAGUGUGUACAAUCAGUGCAGGAGCUAAUCCCAGACUCCUUCGUCCCCUGUGUCGCCGCGCUGUGCAGCGACGAAGCCGAGCGGCUCACCCGUCUCAAUCACCUCAGCUUCGCGGAGCUGCUUAAGCCCUUCUCUCGUCUCACUUCCGAGGUUCAUAUGAGAGAUCCUAAUAAUCAACUUCACAUAAUUAAAAAUUUGAAGAUAGCAGUAAGCAACAUUAUCACCCAGCCACCUCAGCCUGGAGCCAUUCGGAAGCUUUUGAAUGAUGUUGUUUCUGGCAGUCAGCCUGCAGAAGGAUUAGUAGCUAAUGUGAUUACGGCAGGAGAUUAUGACCUUAACAUCAGUGCUACUACUCCAUGGUUUGAGUCUUAUAGAGAGACCUUUCUUCAGUCGAUGCCAGCAUCAGAUCAUGAAUUUCUGAACCACUAUUUAGCAUGUAUGUUGGUAGCAUCGUCUAGUGAAGCUGAACCUGUGGAACAGUUUUCAAAGUUGUCACAAGAGCAGCAUCGAAUUCAGCACAACAGUGAUUAUUCCUACCCUAAGUGGUUUAUACCAAAUACUCUUAAGUAUUAUGUACUUUUACAUGAUGUAAGUGCAGGAGACGAACAGAGAGCUGAAUCAAUUUAUGAAGAAAUGAAACAGAAAUAUGGAACUCAGGGUUGCUAUUUACUUAAAAUUAAUUCUCGAGCAUCUAAUCGAGCAUCAGAUGAACAGAUACCUGAUCCUUGGAGUCAGUAUCUCCAGAAAAAUAGUAUUCAAAACCAGCUAAUAUCAAGAAAAGGUUUGAGUCGAUCUCUGUUUUCUGCAACUAAAAAAUGGUUUAGUGGCAGUAAAGUUCCAGAAAAGAGCAUUAAUGAGCUGAAAAAUACAUCCGGGUUGCUGUAUCCACCAGAAGCACCAGAGCUUCAAAUCAGGAAAAUGGCUGACUUAUGUUUUUUGGUGCAGCAUUAUGACUUGGCUUAUAGUUGCUAUCAUACUGCAAAGAAAGAUUUUCUUAAUGAUCAAGCAAUGCUUUAUGCAGCUGGUGCUUUGGUUGGUAUUCUGAAUAUGGUGUUGGCUGAAAGAUGUGUAUUGCUUAGUGCUGAAAUUUUAAAAAGCCAAAGCAAAUAUUCGGAGGCUGCAGCUCUCCUAAUACGGUUGACCAGUGAGGUACUGAAACUAGGAACCAUGGUGACACCUGAUGCCGGCAGGGAACUCUGCCAUGUCGUGUCCCGGCAGUGUUCACUGUGCGGCUGUCCUAGCCCACUGAUCUAUCUGAAUGAUAAAAAGCAUGCUUUACGUUGCUAUUGUCAAGCCAUGCAAGUUUACAAAGGAAAAGGCUGGUCUCUUGCAGAAGAUCACAUUAACUUCACUAUUGGGCGCCAGUCCUAUACUCUUAGGCAACUGGACAAUGCUGUUUCUGCUUUUAGGCAUAUUUUAAUCAAUGAAAGUAAACAAUCUGCUGCUCAACAAGGGGCCUUCCUCAGAGAAUAUCUUUAUGUUUACAAGGAGUUAGAAUUUUGGCAGGUAGUGUGCUGUGAAAAGCAAGCAGCCACGCAUGUUAGUCUUGAUCAAGAAUAUGAUUCUGAAUCCUCUCAACAGUGGCGAGAACUUGAGGAACAAGUUGUGGCUGUGGUCAACAAAGGAAUAAUUCCAUCCAAUUUUCAUCCCACACAAUACUGUUUGAACAGUUAUUCAGAUAACUCAAGAUUUCCACUUGCAGUUGUAGAAGAACCAAUUACAGUGGAAGUUGCUUUUAGAAACCCUCUGAAGGUUCCACUUUUGUUGACUGAUCUGUCAUUGCUUUGGAAGUUUCAACCUAAGGAUUUCAGUGGGAAGGAUAAUGAAGAAGUUAAAGAACUAGUAAGAAAAUAUUCCGUGAGUAUGUCAGUCCGAGGGAAACAGGAUUUAGAAAUUCAAGGUCCUCGACUGAACAACACAAAGGAAGAGAAAACGUCUAUUAAAUAUGGUCCCGAUCGACGUUUAGAUCCCAUAAUCACUGAAGAAAUGCCACUGUUGGAGGUGUUCUUUAUACAUUUUCCUACAGGGCUCCUCUGUGGAGAAAUCCGAAAAGCAUAUGUAGAAUUUGUCAAUGUCAGCAAAUGUCCUCUUACUGGAUUGAAGGUUGUUUCUAAACGUCCAGAGUUCUUUACUUUUGGUGGUAAUACUGCUGUUCUAACACCACUAAGUCCCUCAGCUUCUGAGAACUGUAGUGCUUACAAGACUGUUGUGACAGAUUCUACCUCUGUGUGUACAGCACUCACAUCAUCAGCUUCUUCUGUAGACUUUGGCAUUGGCAUAGGAAGUCAACCAGAGGUGAUUCCUGUUCCCCUUCCUGACACUGUUCUUCUGCCUGGAGCUUCAGUGCAGCUACCAAUGUGGCUACGGGGGCCAGACGAAGAAGGUGUCCAUGAAAUUAACUUUUUGUUUUACUAUGAAAGUGUCAAAAAGCAGCCUAAAAUACGUCACAGAAUAUUAAGACACACUGCAGUUAUUUGUACCAGCCGGUCUUUGAAUGUACGAGCCACUGUCUGCAGAAGUAAUUCUCUUGAAGACGAAGAAGGCAGAGGAGGCAAUAUGCUAGUCUUUGUGGAUGUGGAAAAUACCAAUACUGUAAAUGCUAAAAUUGCCAGUAGGGAGAAGGGGAAGUUUUGCUUCAAAGCAAUAAGGUGUAAGGAAAAAGAAGCUGCUACACAGUCCUCAGAAAAAUAUACCUUUGCAGAUAUCAUCUUUGGAAAUGAACAGGCAUAUGUUGUGGAAGACAGUAAACAGCUUAUUUUGGAAGGUCAGCAUCAUGUUAUUCUUCGCACUAUAGGAAAAGAAGCCUUUUCAUAUCCUCAGAAACAGUUUUCCUCUUUCCUUAGUCCAGAAGCAUUGGAAAUCCAUGGAUCAUUCACAUGGCUUGGACAAACGCAAUAUAAACUUCAGCUGAAAAGUCAAGAGAUUCAGAGUUUGCAACUGAAAGCAUGCUUUGUUCAUACAGGUGUUUAUAACCUUGGAACUCCUAGGGUAUUUGCCAAGUUAUCAGACCAAGUUACAGUGUUUGAAACAAGUCAGCAGAACUCCAUGCCUGCCCUGAUCAUCAUCAAUAACGUGUGACAACUUGCAAGUUUGUACUGAAAUCACAAGAAUUGGUUUAAUUUUGCUGAAUGGGUUUUAUAGCAGUAUUUGAAAUACCUAACUUGUUAAUGGGAGGUUGGUAUCUGAUCACUGCAAAAUACUUUGACUUGUUGUUUUGUUGAUGAUGCAAAGCACGUUGGACUGAGAAUACUUACAUUCUUUUUUUUUUUUAUUUCUUUAAACCCUGGUAAUACUUUACAUGCUCAUAAUACAGAAUUUCAACAUACCCAUGCACCUUAUUAAGCCCCAUCUUAAAAAACAACGUCUAAGUCUGCUGUUACAAUUUGUCAAUGGUAUAUGAAUAUUAGGAGAUGAUUUUGAGGAAGGAAAGGCCUUUUUGGCGAUACUCCUGUUAAGCCAUUAGUCUAUAAAUUCCAGCUUUACUGUGAAGUUCUAUAGGGUGUUAAAUACAAACUCUCCUGUCCUGUUUCACACAAUUCUCUAAAAUCAGUUUUGAACUUUGGUUAUAGAGUCUUCAUAUUUCAGUAUCUGGUGGCCCCUAUGGCUUAUACAUAACUUUGUAAAAA